AUGUCACGGCUGGUCGAGCUGCUGUUUGUGGGACGAGGAAAGCAGAGUGGACAGGAGAAGCACAAAAUAUGCAUCAGUAGAAGAUACAUCGCUCUUAAUUACAGACUUGGAGAUGAUGCCAUUCUCCCCUGUGACAACGCACCCCCAUUGGACUCAACAUGCUCCAUCGUUAGCUGGUUUCACAGCCGAGACCUACCUUGGACUACAGAGGUGGUUCACAAUGGAAACAUCAUUGAGAAAACAGCCCAAGCUACCAGGCUGAGUCUGUACAGUAACUGCUUCCUGGGCAUCAAAAGCAUCACUUUGAAGGACUCUGGUGUUUACUACUGUCGGCCUGGGGACAACAAUGCACUGCUUACAACUGUGUAUCUAAAUAUUCUGACAACGGGCAUUGGUGUAAGAUACUUCUACCUUUAUUACAAAUCGGGACAUGAUGCCAUUCUCCCCUGUGACAACGCACCCCCACUUGACUCAAGCUGCUCCAUCGUUCACUGGCUUUACAGCACAGAUCGAUCUGGGACUGCUGCCAUAGUUUACAAUGGGGCCAUCGAGAAGAACUCAGCCCGAGCUGCCCGGCUCAGUCUGCACAGUAAUUGCCACCUGGGCAUCAAGAACAUCACUGCUGAGGACGCCGGUGGUUACUGCUGUCGGCCUGGCAAGAACACUGACCAGGACACAGUUGUGUAUCUACAUAUUUUGAAUAUUUCAGCAUCUCAGACACUAAAUGGGGAUGGAGACUUCACAUUAGAGUGCUCUCUGUUCAGAUACUCUGAUCUCCAUCCUUGUGAAGAGAACAGCAUCCGCUGGCUGGACGAGACGGGAAAGGUGCUGCUUGACAGAGGUGUCACGAACACUGGACGGACGUGUGUUUCACUUCUGACCGUGAAACAUCAGAGAGGCCACAGAAAAACAUACACCUGCCAGUUUGUUAAGGAAAACAGCGUGAAGAUAGAAGCUCAGUACACACCUGUCUUCACAGGUUGUUGGUGAACGUGCUGAUUUCGGUGACCCUGAAAGGCAGUGCUGAGCUCAGAGCACCAACUUCAUCUCACCAGGAACAAAGAGUCAUCAUAAUUCUUUUUAAUUCUUUUUCAUUUUAUAAAUAAUUUAUAUUCUUCAGAAAGAUCAUGUUUACUUUCUCUUUCUUGUGCUUUGUGGCUUCUCACUUCCUGCACAAAUACAUCAUGAAACCUUUGGAUACCCUACAAGACUAAAACACACUGUACAAUGCGUAACUUCUAAAAAAAUUAAAUAAUCUAAUGGAAAAUGCUUCAUCUUCUGUUGUGCUUACAGUAAAAUUUUAAAUGUUUACAAUGUGGAAGUUUACCCGUAGCCUAUGUAAAGAUGAGGUCGGUAAACGAUGUGGAUAAUUUUCUCCCUCUGCUUUUUUAGGUAGAUGUUGUUGCUCACAGUGAUAUAUGUAUUUGUAUUCUACAGUCAACUGGAUUAAAAAAAGCAGGCUUGGUGCUUUUUAUGCUCCUUUUUCAUGGUGAACAGUGAUAUUGGAAGUCUUUUUUCAUUAAUUAUGCCCUGAUCAGCUUUUCUGGAACCCCAAAAUUCUGAAAUUUCCAUCUCAGAGUUAAGACCUCAGGAUCCUGCUUGUGCAUAUGUGUUGACAAGUGAUCAACACAUAUGCACACAUGAUCACUGAAAAACCAUGUGUCUCUAAUUUGAGUAAAACUAGGUGCAAGUCAAAUUUUAAAUAACUUAAAAAAAAAACUUUUUAAAAACGUAAACACAUCAUUGGCCAGCUAAAUCGUUUUUUCCACCAAUAACACAAAUAAAAUAUAGUCAGAUGUUUUUUGUGUCAUUAAAGCAUUUUCACUCCACCAACCUUAAAUGACAGAAGGCAGAAGCUGCAUUUGUUCCUUGGACUUAAUUUGCUGCGAACUACACUACUGAACUAAACAAUCUAUUUGAAGGCUAUUUAUGACUAAGAAUAACCUUUGACUUUUUAAAUAGAUCAGAUUUAAACUUUCAGAGUUCCAUCUAUUGUCUUCUGCUCAUCCAAUUCAGGGUUGCAGGGGCACUAGAGCCUGUCUCAGCUGCCAUAGGGCGAGAGGCCAGGUAUACUCUGGAGGU